CGCGGUUUGAGGGUUAAAGGUGGACGAGGGUAGAUUGCAAUUCGGGCGACUCUAUGUCUUAAAGUUUUAUGACAUUUAAGCGUUUCUUUUUAGUUGAAGUAACGUUUGGUUCCAUUUCACUUUUGCUGUGUUUUAUCUUGAAAACCCGGUCCUGACGUGCCCUAGCUGGAUUUCGCUAUGCCUCCCAAAAAGCGCAACAUCGGGACCCCUCCAAACAAGGACUCGAAAUCGAAUAGCAAGAAGAAUUCUCCAGAUAGUAAAGAUCAUUCCGUCAUUUCCCCAGAUAAGCACAAGGAGAAGGAUUCAGCGUUUGUAACCCUUUGUAAAGACCUCUUGGUGACUAACACCGUGUGUGACCAUGCAUGGGCAAUCUGGGAGACGAUGGUGAAAUCUGCGGAAAAAGUAAAUGGUUCAAACAAACAACUUUGGGGAGCCUGUAUGUUCAUUUCAGCAACAGACAUGGAAGAUGUCAGCUUCACCUUUACAGAUUUUCAAAAAGCAGUUGGUAUGAGUGUGAAACAAUUCAUCAACCUACUGAGGGGGAUGGACGAGAAUGUGGACACAAUCAGCUCGAAAGUGAACUCUGUUGUAACCAGGCUCGAGAAGAAGUAUGAGGUUUCGCUGGCGCUCUAUCAAAGAUUUGUGAAAACAUGUGAUAAAAUCUAUUCUGUGCCUAAUGAUGAGAGGCAAGAGCUUUUAUAUUGUACCUGGAUCAUGUUUCUUUUGGCCAAAGGAAGCAUCCUCCAGAUGGAGGACGACCUGGUGAUUGCCUUCCAGCUGCUCUUGUGUGUCCUGGAAUACUGCACCAAGCGCUGUCCAUCUGAUUUCCUCCAGCCGCUCUACAAGUCAGCCAUCAGUGUUUCCACCCAGGGCCUCCCAACUCGGACUUCUAGGCGCAACAAAGCCAAGCUUCAGCUUCCUGAGGUGGACAUGCAGUUGCUGGAGACUCUCUGUAAAGAGAGCGACUGCAGUGUAGAUGAGGUAAAAAAUGUGUACCAAAGCAGUUUCUCUGUCUUCUUGGACUCUCUGAACCUGUUGGGAUCACAAGACCUGCCGGCUGUGGACACUCUGUCCAUAAAGUAUGAAGAGAUCUACCGUAAAAACAAGGACUUUGAUGCAAGGCUAUUCUUGGUUGAUGAUGAGACACUCCGGCCAGAAAAAACACUAGUUAGCACUACAGUGGCGAUGACUCCCAGAAAGAAUGAGACUGGGGAGGAGAACUCUCCUGUUCCACCACAGACUCCAAUCAGAGCUGCUAUGAACUCAAUCCAACAGCUGAGAGGAGAACUUACCUCAGUCAGUGACAAGCCCUCCAGCAGUCUAAUUGUUUACUUCAAGAACUGUACAGUGGACCCAUCGGAUGAGAUUACUAGCCGGGUCGAACAGCUAGGUCAGGUCUUCAGCCAGAAGUUUGCUCAAGCUGUUGGCCAGCGCUGUGAAGGCCUCGGCAAGAAAAGGUUUACACUUGGUGUCCAGCUUUACUACAAAGUGAUGGAGUCGAUACUUAAAUCGGAGGAGAAGAGACUCUCUGUGCAAAAUUUCAGUAAACUUCUCAACAAUGCUACAUUUCAUACCUCACUCCUUGCAUGUGCACUGGAGGUCGUCAUGGCAACCUAUUUUGGCAGCUGUGUGAAGAAUGGGGGUGACGAAUCUCCCGAAACUGACCUGCGCUUCCCUUGGAUCCUGGAUAUCUUCCACCUUCAUGCCUUUGACUUCUACAAAGUGAUAGAGAGUUUUAUCAAGGCGGAGCCCACCCUGAAACACGACAUGAUCGAGCACCUGGGCCGCUGUGAGCAGAAGAUCAUGGAGAGCCUCGCAUGGAAAACAGACUCCCCCCUGUUUGAGCUCCUGAGGCAGUCUCGAGAGGAAGGGCUUGGCGAACAGGCGGAGCCUCCGGCCACUCUGAACCAGCCUCUGCAGCAUAGCCAUACAGCUGCUGAUCUGUACCUGUCCCCUCAGCGGCCCAGCCGUCGGCUCCCCACAGCAGAGGCAGACAGCUCAGCACUGCCCUCAAGCCAGUCCCCUACACAAGGCCCCAGACAGCUCCGCUCCAAUUCUCUCAGCCUCUUUUACAAGAAAUUAUACAGAAUGGCCUACCUUCGGCUCAAGAUGCUUUUCUCACGCCUCCUGACUGGUCACCCCGAGCUGGAGCCCAUCAUAUGGACCCUGCUUCAGCACACGCUGCAGAAUGAGUAUGAGCUGAUGAGGGACAGACACCUAGACCAGCUUUUGAUGUCCUCUAUGUAUGCCAUAUGCAAGGUGAAGAAUGUAUAUUUGCUUUUCAAGACAAUUGUGACUGCAUACAAAGAGCUUCCCAAUACAAACCAGGAGACCUUCAAGCAUGUGUUGAUCAGGGAAGGCCAGUAUGACUCCAUCAUAGUCUUCUACAACCUGGUGUUCAUGCAGAAGCUGAAGACUAACAUCCUGCAGUACUCUUCUCCUCGGCCUCCUCCGCUGUCUCCCAUACCGCAUAUCCCACGAAGCCCAUACAAAUACCCCAGCUCUCCCCUGCGAGUGCCCGGUGGAAACGUCUACAUUUCCCCUCUGAAGAGCAGCCGUGCCCCUCCAGCUGCCAUGACUCCCCGGACCAGGAUCCUUGUAUCAAUUGGAGAAUCAUUUGGGGCAUCAGACAAGUUCCAAAAGAUCAAUCAAAUGGUCAGUAGCUCCGAUUGGUCCCUGAAGAGGAGUCUGGUAGGAGACUCUGCCCCCAAACCCCUGAAGCGCUUGCGCUUCGACGUAGACGGGCAGGACGAGGCAGAUGGGAGCAGGUCAGGUGGUGAAUCAGCACUGAUCCAGAAGCUGGCUGAAAUGAGCUCAGCCCGCAGCCGCAUGCAGGAACAGAAACUGAAGGAGGAGGCCGAGAGAGGGGAGCCGGAGGCCUGAGCUGAGCUGCUGGAGGAGUUGUCACCCCCCCCCCCCCACUGCACCUACAGCUGGCCAGGCUGCCUUCAACCUGCUGUUUAUUAGCCAGCUUUAUAAAUGUCUUCCAGGUUUUCUUUUUUGUUUUUGUUUUUUAAGACUACAGUCACUUGAAGUGUCUAAAGAGAUGUUUGACAAAUCAAACGCAAGUAUACUUUCCAAGCAUCACAGCCUCAACCAUUUUAUAACACUUGGAGAGAGGGAGCGUCAUGGGAAUUGAUCAUUUUAAAACGGAUUUUUAGGGUGUUUUUUUUUCUUUUUUUAAAUGGAUGCAUUUUAAAGACCCCCAUGAUUACUGAAGUCUUUUAUUAAAAUUGGAAACUAACUUGAAGUGUCUGUUUUUUCUGUUCUGUGUUUGAAAGAAAUUUGAGACCUUAAGUGAGAGCAGUGCGGGUGGGAGGUAAAGAGGGGUAUAAUGUGUCUCAGGAUAAGUUAUAUAAAGAAAAAGGUGGUUUUAGCUGCCUUCCCUCAAUGUUUUUGACAGCCUGCAUAGUUUCUCAGAUUAUUUAUCAUAAAUAUGACUACAUCUGUAAGUGAUUUAGUGUGUUACAUGUACAAGUCACAAUCAUGGGUUUUGCUGGCACAGUAUGGCCUUAUAAAGGUAGGACAGAAAGCUGUCUUGUGCUGUACCUGUAGCAAUGGGUCAUUCAAGAUUUUCCAAAGCAUAGAAUGUCCAUAUUGUGUUGAAAGCAUUAUAAUGAAUAUAAUUGAGAAAAUGUUUGUCUUUAAAUAUUGUCUUUUUAGGUGUGUUGUUUUUGUUUUUUGAGAUGACGUACUUUUCUAUCAAACUUAGUUUAUAGGAUGAAGUACUUUUUGUCAAUGUUAAUUUUACCUACAGAAUUUGGUGAUGACUGCCUUGAGGUUAUUUAUGACUCAUAAAUGAUUGUCUUUAGAAGAAUAAAAUAUCAAAUGUAGUAACUGGUGUCACA